GCGCCCUCCCGCUUUUGAGAAAGAAUCGAAGUCUGAACGAUUUAUAGCCUGUAGGGCUUCCCCGAAACUCAGAAACGAAAAGGAAAGAAGAAAAAGGACACCGAAAGCAAAGGACUGUGUGCUCCAACAUCAGAAAUCGAAGGAAUUUCAAAGAAAAAGAAAAAUGAUGCGUUUCUAGAUUUGGGAGGGACAUGACCCGUGUCUGUUAUCUCACACUCUCCGGGGCCUUGUAAGGAAUAUUUUUGGGUCUCUAGGAAUCUCGGAGGAUCAGCACUAGGGAAGUUACUGAAAUCUCAAUUGAACUUUCCUUGCAAGUGUCCAAUUAGGCAGAUUCGAAUGGCUGCUCACAAUUCUAUCCUAAGUGAAAGCAACAGUGAGUCGAGAGGUGCCUUGAUUGUUCUAGAAGGCUUGGAUCGUAGUGGGAAGACAUCACAGUCUAGUAACCUACUCAAAUACUUGGAAGGACUGGGACAUUCAGCUGAAUUAUGGCGGUUUCCUGACAGAAGUACAGAUGUUGGGCAAAUGAUAUCAUCAUAUCUUACCAACAAAUCGCAAUUGGAUGAUCAUACAGUCCAUAUACUCUUUAGUGCAAAUCGUUGGGAGAAAAGAUCAUUGAUGGAAACUAAACUGAAAUCUGGAACCACCCUCAUUGUUGACCGUUAUUCUUUUUCUGGGGUGGCUUUCUCGUCUGCCAAGGGACUUGGCAUUGAAUGGUGUAAGGCACCAGAAGUUGGGUUGCUGGCUCCAGAUCUGGUGCUGUACCUUGACAUACAGCCAGAGAAAGCUGCAGAGAGAGCAGGAUAUGGAGGUGAGAGAUAUGAACAACUUGAGUUUCAGAGGAAAGUUGCCCGAUGCUAUGAUGUCCUUUGUGAUGCUUCCUGGAAGGUAAUUUUAUGCUGGUUGUGGGUCUUCUACCUUGGAGCCUGCCACUGCUUGAUAAUCGAUGCCUGCCAACCAAUGGAAGACAUCGAGAAACAGCUCCAAGGGAUUGUGUUGGAUUGUGUCACGAUAUGCCAGAAAGGCAAGCCCCUUUCCAACCUCUGGUCAAGUUAAUCCUCCGCCCCAUUCUGUUUCUUAAUUUUCUCUUCUUUUUCUCUCCGUGGAAAGGGAUUCUGCAUACGUAUCUGAUAUCUCUGCUACUACCUUUUGGUCUUUCUGAGCAUUGUGGCGUGGUUUUAAAAUUUUUGUUUUUGUUUUAAUUCAGUUCCAGGCCUUAUGACAAACUGGGGUUUGUUAGUUUAAUUAUCCGGGAUUUCCCUUA